UGAGAAAUUUGAAUUAUGAGAUUUUUGUUGUUUUGAAUUUGCCGCCCUGCUAUUUCACUGGCUGUACCGCAGGUGGGACGCUAGCGUCCCACAUAGCCCAUACUAAUUGUAACGUCCGCUUUGCAAUAUUACAACAACAAAGAAGUUACUGCAAACAACAAACACUGUUUUUUUCCCCUUGGACAGCAUUGUGUAAUUUAUUGAUGAUCCCUAACUACCCCCGGCGAUCGUCAAUCCGAAGUCAAAACAAAUUUGCCAUGGUUGUACAUCAGUCGGCUGAAGCUAAUUGGCGAAACAACUUGGCAAUAUCUUCCCACCUGCAAACACACAAAAGAGACACCCCGAAACCAACUCACGUUUUAAUUCAGUCAUAGCAUUUAUUAAUUUACCAAAUCUAAAAUGAGACCAAAUCAGGAAGAGCAGUCACCCUUGACAUUUGUAUUAAGUGGUGGUCUUAAAAAAGUGGAGGUUCGUUGCAGGUGGACAUUCGCUAUAAGACAGGAUUUCACAGCUGCACCUUUACUGAUACCUGGCUUUGUGUCAGUGGGGACUGUGGGACUCGGACUAGUCUAGUGGUUCAGACAGUGGACCAGGAGAUAUCCGGAGACUGGUGUCAGACAGAGGGACGCAUGACUAGACACGUCUCCAAUAACACACACACUUUUGAACUUCGUAUGGAUGGGGGUAACUGGUUAUCUACCACUAAUAAUGUUGUUGGUUGGAGGCUGGUGACUCAUGUGGAUCUUGGGGUCAGGUCUGACACAGGGAAAGCCAACCGAUCUCCACAAACCACCGUCAUACCUCUGAUGCGUGUCCCAGUCAAUUGUCGAAGAGAUUUCAACAUGUUGUCCUUUGACCCAGAUGGGGAUGCGGUCAGAUGCAGAUAUGCAGUACCAACGGAUGAGUGUGUCACAUCUAGUAACCUUGCCGGUGUUAACUUCACUCUGCGAUGGGACUGCACCUUGUCGUUUUGGAGCAACACUAAUACCACUGGAAUAUACGCAGUUCAGAUGAUGAUGGAGGACUUCCCUACUCAGUCUAUCUCUCUUUCCUAUGCUAAUAGUCCCUCAAUCUAACAGGACCUCUGGCCAUACACUCAGCAAACUGCCUGUUCAGUUUGCAAUGACAGUCGACCCCGUGGUGCCGUCCUGUACGGAGGGGGUGUACAUACCCAUGUUCCUGUCUCCAACGCCAGCCCAGGGAGCACUGCUCUACGCCGCCGCAGACCAUCCCCUGGAGAUCAGUGUCAGAACACAGGCUACCCACUCCACUGCUUCAGAGCUGUUGAUGAGUGGACCUGGCAACAUCAGAGAGACCACCACUAGCCCAGGAGAGUACCUUCUAAGAUGGACGCCUACUGAUGAUGAGGAGGGAGGAUACUAUCCUGUGUGCUUCAUUGCUCAGGGAGUGCUCGGCAGUUCCAGGUAUCACUCUGAGCUGCGCUGUGUGAUCGUCAGCGUUAACUCAAGUGCCAUCACAACCACACCGAUUACAACUACAUUUCCAACUACCACCCAACCAACUAGGGACUUCACAACAUUCAGUACAAAUCCAACCACCGAUCUCACAACCAAAAAUAUGGACAAUACAACAAUGAGUAAUGGGCCUAGAUACACGGUUGGUCUGAGGAUGAAACUCUCCUCUCUGACAUCAUUAACAGAUGAUCACAUCAGAGAAAUGGUCUUAGAGAAGCUCCGUGAGGAACUGACCAGACGAGGGCAGUCAGGGAAUGUCACACUACGCCUGAGAGCCAGUCAAGAGAUCAGCCCCUGAAGGGGUUUCUUGUACUCAGUUGUCUUAUGUUCCUGGCCCUGAUUCUGCAGACAGUGGUUCUUUUGAAGAAGAUGGGUUUACUUGACUGUAUAUGGUUGUCUUUUACAAAUCUCUGGUGGACAGACGCAUGUGCCACAGUGGAGGCUGCUGAGGGGAGGCUCAUAAUAAUGUCUGGAAUGGAGUAAAUUAAAUGGUAUCGAACACAUAAAUGUGUUUGAUACUAUUCCAUUCACUCCAUUUCGGCCAUUAUUAUAUGCCGUCCUCCCCUCAACAGCCUCCAUUGAUGUUACAUACAUGGUAUGGUGUGAGAUUUUAGUUCUGGGUUGUCAAGAUUAGUUUUGUUUUUACUUACCUAAGUUGAAUGCUCUGGCUGUAAGUCGCUCUUGAUAUCUGUUGAUUAGUUAUAUUAGUUAUUAAUUCAAAUGUGUGUGAGUGUCUCUAUAAGUAUUGUUCUUGUCAGUACUUAUUUUGUUAUGAAUAUGUUGUACUGAACAAAAAUAUAAACGCAACAUGUAAAGUGUUGGGCCCAUGUUUCCAUACUCACAAAAUGCUUUGUUUCUUACAAAUAUCUCGCUCAGAAAGGUGGGUGGAAUUAUGAGGGAAUUAAGUCCAGGUCAGAAUACGUCGUAUCUUCAGCCACAUCUUCAUGUAUUUGAACUCCGCCCCAAACGAAUAGCGAGCGACUUUAUUCUCAUUCUUAAAUUCAGGUCAGAAUAUGUGUAGAGAGAAACGUGCAUCAAAGGGAAUUACAUUCCAUUUACACGUGCUUAACUCAGGUCAGAAUUCCACCUCACAUGUUCGAGGGAUACUACACUGUGUAGUAUAGUAUUCUACAGUAUACUACAAAAUAGUAAGUACUAUAAUAUUCUGUAGUAUUUAUGUGGGUUGUUCAGCUGUCUAAGCUGCUGCCUCUGGAACAUACUGUAUACCACUAGGCUCACUGCUAUUUAAACAACUCUCUGUAGAUGGGGUGGCAGGUAGCCUAGUGGUUAGAGUGUAGAGGUGGUAGGUAGUCUAGUGGUUAGAGUGUAGAGGUGGCAGGUAGCCUAGUGGUUAGAGUGUAGAGGUGGUAGGUAGCCUAGUGG